AUGAUUGAUUGUGACUACAUGAAAAAACCUUUCAUUGUCGGUCUGUUCUGUGGUAACGCAAAACCGUCUAGUGUGCAAGAGUACCUGAAGUCAUUUGUAGAUGACCUCACCCAGUUACUGAGGGAUGGACUGACCUACAGAGGUGAAACUCUGAAGGUGAUGGUGUGCUCUUUUAUCUGUGAUGCUCCAGCACGGGCUUACAUAAAACAGACAAAGUCCCAUAAUGGCUACUCUGGGUGCGACAAGUGCCAUCAAAUGGCACAGAUGUGGAAGGUGGUCGAGUUCAUGGACAAAGGCACUGCCGUAGUACCAUGCAGCUGGCUGGAGAAGGCAGGGGAAAGCUGGAGGUGUUAUUGGCCUGGCUCCUAUGACCACUGGCGGCUCCAGAAGUCCGUUUUAAACCACCUUCCGCCAGGUCAAGACUGGGAUGUUUAUGAUGACGUGAGGGUCUUGGUAGGCUGUGCGACAUAUGGCAAGGCCAAAGAAUAUUUAGAUAAAUCUUUGCAACCAGACUGCCCAACAGACAUCCAGUCAGAGGCUGAAUUUCCUGAGAAGAGAAAAAGAAGGGCAAACCCACGCUACAAUGAAGGUAGCAAUCUUGGAAGAGCGGGCUCAUCAGCUACAGCCAGGACUUGGAGCUUGCCACGAGAAGCUGUUGGAGGUGAGGACACUGAAUCUGAUGAGGAUCAGCCAACCCCUAGAAAAACAGCAAGGCCAGCUAUUGACUUUGGGCCAGACAUCAAUAGUGAGUGGCUAUUUGGGCCAUCGACCACACAAAGAGCUCAAUCAACAGGGGUAUCAAAUGGCAACCAAAGAUCUGAGCUACUAAAUCUAGACUCACCUCGAGAAGGACAUUUCUCACAAGCCACACCUCAACCAAGCCAACAGCUAUUGCGUGACAUUGGAAUAAGCAAAGUCCUUCAGCUGCUGUCCCAAGUGCUAGAAGACAACAAGAUGAUAAAAGAGGAGGUCACCAAAUUGGGAAGUGACAUCAGGGCUCUCAGGAGAGAGAUGGGGAGGCAGGUAACACCUGAAGCUUCCCCUUCAUUAAUUAAGCUGCCCCUGAGCUCAAUGGAGGACUUUCAACAGGCAGAAGCACUCAUGAGAGAAAACCCCCAUGAGAAAAAAAAAUUGAUCUCUACAUUCGCUCUUAUUGGUGGGCACACUGCUGAAUUGACCGUAAGGCGGAUGCUGCAAAAUGGCCUCACCAACAACCUGGCUUGUAAUUUCAACUGGGCAGGAAAAGGCCACAAGAAACCUUUUAGAGAAACAUCUCUCAGCGAUGUGCUAUUCGCUGGACUGCAAAAACAGCUGCCAGGGAGCACACAGAUGGCUUACGAAGGCACCGUAAAGAAGUGGCUGAAAUAUGCACCGGAGAGAGAAGGGGGAGUAGAGAGGCGCAGACGAGCGCAAGAGCAGGCACCUUCACAACAGGACUCUGACCGCCUGGACCACUAGCCUGGAUGGAUGACACAUUUAAAUAAACGAUAAAUGUUUGA